CGCAAAAGCCGUCUGCGGAGUUGUGUUGGCGCCUUUUUCUUCGCGCGCAAUGCAUUGUGGUGCGAGAGUUCCGCCGACUUCGACGCGCGAAUGGCUCCGGAGCCAAAUCGGCGCCGGGCCCGUCGGGGCGCGUUGGAAGCCGCCGGCUACGUUAGCUGCGCCGGUGCGCCCGACUAUAGACCAGAACACGCCAGUCUCGCACCCAGACUAACCGAACGCAUACUCUCGCACCCGGGUUGCCCGGUCGACCGGCGCCGUUUUGUACUGGGCUGCCAAAGUGUGUUCGCCGGCGACCAGUAGACAUGGCAAGCGCCAGCUCUAGGGCUCCAAAGUGUGGAAAUGUGCCCGUUCACACGGAUCGAAAGCAGAAGAAGUCAUCUGGGCAUCAUUGCGUCGUGUUUGGAUGCCAAAACAACCAGCGGAAAAGGAGCAGGUUGCUUAGCGCUGUUUGCGAAGAGCACAACACACGUAGGGAAUCGUGCCGGUGCGGUGUUUUCAUCCUGCGCCGAUUUCCAUCCGCAACGAAGAAUGCCAAGCUGCGCCACGGGUGGAUAGCUGCAGUGAAUAGGAAGAACUACCAACCCAGUGAAAAUGCACGAGUUUGCUCCGAGCACUUUCUGGGCAACAAGCCACUAGAGCAGAAUCCCGCGCCGGUGCUUCGCCUUGGCUAUAACAAAAAGGUGGUGAAGGGCAGGCGUCUGCUAACCAGGCAGUCAAACGACCUCGCCAGUUGGUUGCCAAACGCGGCCAACCCAGUAGAGACCAUGACAAACGAGACCAAACUGAAAGUGCAGAUGACAGUGUUCUGCGUGCUUUAAUAAUAUACGACACCACCACAGUGCUGUAAAUUCCUUCACAGGUUACGUGCCAAAAAGCUCACACGUGUUCUAGCAUAUAGCGCGCGGUUUGUACAAACGUAAUAGCGUACCUACCCGAUGUAUUCGCUUCUGCAGUCUGCACACCACUCAGUGUGGCCAUUGCGGACUUGCAUGAGGUCUUGAAGUUUGAUUGAAUCCAGACAGCGAAAAUGACAGGUUAGAAAAAACGCGAAACACGCCUUCCGCCCAGCUAAAAAGCCCAAGUUUCGCUUUCGCGCCGG